AUGGCCAGUCGUUGGACAAUUGAAAUGGUUGAUAGGAGCUUCAGAGAUAUACUGGACAUUGACGAACCCUUUGGUGGAAAAGUAAUGGUUUUCGGAGGUGAUAUUCGUCAUGUACUGCCAGUAAUUCCAAAAUCUACAAGGGAUAAAACGGUAAAUACAAGUUUGGUAAAGUCGUACUUGUGGCAACGAAUGGAAAAGAUUAAAAUAACAAGAAAUAUGAGGGCCAGAACAGAUACAUCAUUCAGUGAAUUCUUACUACGCAUAGGUAACGGCGAGGAACCUACAAUAAGAGAUGAUUUGGUACUACUUCCAAGACAAUUGGUUAUUGAAACUACGAGUGAUAGCACUGGUUCAGAUGCCUUAAUAGAAUUUCCUGGUGAAACCAGAACAUUUCUUAGUUUCGACUCUGCAGAGGAUGAUACAAAUAACUACUAUCAGGAAGAUUACUUAAAUACUCUAACACGAAACAGUCUGCCUCCUCAUAGAUUGGUGUUGAAAAAAAAUGUGGCUAUCAUGUUACUGAGAAAUUUAGAUGCUUCCAAUGGUUUGUGCAAUGGAACGAGAAUGAUAUGCAGAGGGUUUGACAAAAAUGUCAUACAUGCAGAAAUAAUGAUGGGCCAAAAUGCUUUCAAGCAUAUGUUUAUCCCACGAAUCCAGCUAUCACCUUCCGAAAAUGAAGGUUCUGAAGAUACGCAAUUACUUUAG